CCGCUUGAUGUCUUUUGUCUCGGUGACUCUAAACUACUAUUUUCUCGUUAGGUUCAAACUUGUUGAUCACUUUACUCUUUCGAAAACCAGUUUCUCUGUUUGCUUUCACAUUCCUUUUUUGUUUUUAAGAAACUGACCCCAAAGCACAGGAGGAAAAGGAUAAUGGGACAAUUUUGGACGUUGAUCACUCAACUUCAUUCACUUUCCGGGCCAGUGCUGAUGUUGCUGUACCCCUUAUAUGCAUCAGUGGAGGCCAUUGAGAGCACAUCAAAACUGGAUGACCAACAGUGGCUUGCGUAUUGGAUCUUGUACUCAUUUCUCACUCUCAUGGAGAUGCUUUUCCAACCCAUUUUGGAGUGGAUACCUAUUUGGUACGAUGUGAAGCUACUGUUUGUGAUAUGGCUAGUUCUGCCACAGUUUCAAGGGGCAGCUUUCUUAUAUGAGAGGUUCGUGAGAGAGCAAAUCAACAAGUAUAGAUCAGGAGCGAGUGAUCAUCAUCAACAGAAGUCUCCCAAUGGCAGCAAGGGCAAGCACAAGUUCCUGCAGUUCGUCACCCCCAAGAAAGGGGAGCAGGAGGCAUACUAAAGAGAAAAGACUUGGGGGGAACUUGAGAUUUCAGUCUGGCUUGUGUCGAUCUUCUCCUUCAACGUUUCGUCUUUACAGUUUCCUCUUCUGAUACUGUAGAAUAUUUUGACGCAUGUACAAGUUUGUAACUUCUGAAAGGCUUUUGUGACUACGUUUUCUCAUACUAUGCGUGAAGACUUGGAUGGCCGUCUUGUGUUUGAUAUUUUGCCACGCGCGGCACCAACAAACUGAUAAUUAUGUAAUUUGACUCUUAUUUACGAGUUCAUACGGAUUUGCU